AUGGUGAGAAAUUUUGGAUUUGGUGUCAAAUGGAUUAGGUGGAUGAAAGCUUGUAUCUCUACAACUAUGGUGUCAGUUCUUGUCAAUGGUGCACCUAUAGAGGAGUUCCAGCCACAAAAGGGGUUAAGGCAAGGAGAUCCCCUUUCUCUAUUCUUGUUCAUUAUUGCUGCAGAAGGGCUUAAUUUGCUACUUGCUAGGGCUAAAGUACUGGGUUUAUGUAGGGGUUCUACUGUUGGUUCCAAUGACGUGAGUGUUUCGCAUCUCCAAUUUGCUAAUGAUACUAUUAUAUUCCGUGAAGGGGAUAUUGAGGAUAUUUCGAAUAUUAAGAGGGCGUUGAGAUGUUUUGAAGUGAUGUCUGGGUUAAGAAUUAAUUAUCAUAAAAGCAUAGUGUGUGGUGUGGGCUUCCAAGAAGAUCAAUCUAAGGAGUUUGCUAGGGUUUUGAAUUGCUUAACUAAGAAAUUACCUUUUUCUUUCCUUGGUCUCCCUUUAGGGGCUAAUCCUAGGAAAUAG